UCCACCACCAACACAGCUCAUUAAGGCAAGUACUAAGAAAGAAACAACAUGCGUGAUGAGUAUCUCUUUCUUCAUAAAACAAUCUCUUUAAGGUUCCAGAAAUUAUCUUCCUCAAAACCCACUGCCACAUUUGCAGAACCUGCCGGACCUCGCAGUCAGGUAUAUGGCUGCAUUUCUGUUAAGUUACAAAGCAGUCCACAGGGACCUAAACAUACCGAUUCAAAGCACUUCAAGACAAAAUGACAAGAGACUCAUAGAUGACCCUAUCAAUAUGCAAAAGUCCUUCUCUUCAAAUCAUGAUCAUAUUUGCAGGAGAACCCAUGCCUCAUAUGCAGUCAGUGAUCACUUUCCCAAAUCAAAUUUGCAGGAAGGGAUUGUACCUCAAUGUGUAGGUCAAGCCAGAGGAGGUUCUCUGCAUAAAAUGAAGACACGUGUAACUUGCUUACAAAGACUUUGUGGUCCACAUAGACAUAUAAAUUUCAUUCAGGGAUGUUAUUCAAAGAAGGAUCAAUUUUCCUUGGUGAGGUGUUCAGUGGAGUCAGGCAAUAAUGAAAAGCAACUGAAAUCCCUUGGUUCUUAUUUUGGAAAACUCCAAGAUAAUGCAACACUGUUAUCUCCUUUGGAUUCACCUGAUCAGGUUAUUGAGGAGUAUAAUGAGAAAGGCCAGUCCAAAGCAACCGAUGGCUUAGUGUCUCUAAAUGCUUAUCUCGGCAAACUAAAUAAUGGUGCAAGCCAAGAGUCUUCUGUUCCAUCUAUUUACACUGAGCUUCGAAAUGAAGAAAACGUCAGGAAAGAGACUGAAAUAGACUACUAUAGAAAGCAGACGACUUUUGUGAAUAUACAAAGAACAAAAGGCAAACGUGAUGGAAAGUUAUCUAGAAAUACAAUACUGCAAGAUGAAGCCUCCAAUCUGUACUUAAUUGGUACAUUGGCUUCGAUCGACAUUGCUGUGUUCCUCUUUGAAAUAGCCAGUCCAAUAAGGAACGCUGACUUGGAGCUGUUUUCUAUUCCACUGCUAUAUGGCGCAAAGAUAAAUCAUUUGAUCAUCGUUGGAGAAUGGUGGAGGCUGGUGACACCAAUGUUUCUGCACUCUGGCAUUUUUCACAUGGCGCUCAGUUGUUGGGCACUCGUAUCAUUUGGCCCUCAUGUCUGCAGAGGCUAUGGUUCAUUCACCUUUCUCUUGAUCUACAUACUGGGAGGAGUUUCUGGCAACUUGACAAGCUUUCUGCAUACACCAGAUCCUACUGUUGGUGGGACGGGACCUGUAUUUGCCAUAAUUGGAGCUUGGCUCACAUAUCAAAUCCAGAACAGGGAUGUUGAUGAUAAGGAAACUACAGAGGCCAUGUUCCAUAAAGCAAUCGUAUUUACAGCCGCUAGUUUCAUAUUAAGCCACUUUUGUCCAAUUGAUGACUGGUCACACUUUGGAGCAGCCAUAACAGGAAUGGCUUAUGGGUUUUUCACAAGCCCAAGCGUUGAGUUGAAAGAUGCGUCAUCAUCUUCUUCAGGAAGAGGUGGUCAAGAAGAAGGGCUCAAACUUGUGAGACAGUACGGAGAUUCUUGCAGAUCAGCUUUUGUGUUCACCAUCUUCAUCAUUGUUCUGAGCUCCUUCCUCUUCUUCAUGGAGCCUCCCCUCAAUGCAUUAGCUUCAGCCGAUGAAUUAAUUGAAGACUACCUGGUAUUUUAUAUGAGUGAGAGUUCUCUGUACUAGAUAAGUUAUUGCUUGUAGUGUAACGGAAAAAAAUAGGGAGGAAACAUACGAUAGAGUUACAGAAGAAAAGUGAACUCUAUACACGCCAUUUAUGUGAGUGUGGAUUGUUGGUGAUAAAUAAUUACGGCCUUGUAAUAUAAAUAUAGUAAAGAAAAAGAAUCAAGAAAUAGAUAUAAAUUAUAAAGAAAUGAAGUUGGAGUUUAUACGCA